GGAGAGGAGAAUGAUAGAGCAAUAUACGAGACCAGCUGUACAGACGAACUGGAGUCAGCGCCAGUCCCCUCUCUACUUUUUUAAUUUUCACUUAUUUCCAGGGUUAUUAUAGUAAUAAAGAUGGCCACGUCUGCCAGCUCGAGUUUGAGUAAAGCUGUCAAACAGCAGUACAUGGAUCUUCCUCAGGGAGAUCAAGUGCAAGCUAUGUACGUCUGGAUUGAUGGAACAGGAGAAGGGCUUCGCUGCAAGACCAGAACCUUAGAUUCUGAACCUAAGACCAUUGAUGAUUUACCUGAAUGGAAUUUUGAUGGCUCCAGCACCUACCAAUCUGAAGGAUCAAAUAGUGACAUGUACCUGAUCCCUGUGGCUAUGUUCAGAGAUCCCUUCCGCAAAGACCCCAACAAACUAGUUCUGUGUGAAGUGCUAAAAUACAACCGCAAGCCCGCAGAGACCAACCUUAGGCUGACCUGUAAAAAGGUCAUGGACAUGGUAGAAAAUCAGCACCCCUGGUUUGGCAUGGAGCAGGAGUACACUAUCCUGGGUGUGGAUGGGCACCCCUACGGCUGGCCCUCCAAUGGCUUCCCCGGGCCCCAAGGUCCAUAUUACUGUGGAGUUGGAGCUGAUAAGGCCUAUGGCAGAGACAUCGUAGAGGCUCACUACAGAGCCUGCCUCUAUGCCGGGGUUCAGAUCUGCGGCACAAAUGCUGAAGUGAUGCCCGCACAGUGGGAGUUCCAGGUGGGCCCGUGCGAAGGCAUCAACAUGGGAGACCACUUGUGGGUGGCGCGCUUCAUCCUGCACCGGGUGUGCGAGGACUUUGGCGUGGUGGCCUCGUUUGACCCAAAGCCCAUCCCGGGGAACUGGAACGGUGCAGGCUGCCACACCAACUUCAGCACCAAGGAGAUGCGAGAAGACGACGGCCUGAAAUUCAUUGAGGAGUCGAUCGAGAAGCUGGGCAAGCGGCAUCACUACCACAUCCGUGCCUACGACCCCAAGGGGGGCCUGGACAAUGCCAGGCGCCUGACUGGCCACCACGAAACCUCCAACAUUCACGAGUUCUCGGCCGGCGUGGCCAACCGCGGAGCCAGCAUCCGCAUCCCGCGAACCGUAGGCCAGGAUAAAAAGGGCUACUUCGAAGACCGUCGCCCUUCCGCCAACUGUGACCCCUACGGUGUGACUGAGGCAUUGAUCCGCACCUGUCUGCUCAGCGAAACCGGGGAAGAGCCUGUGGACUACAAGAACUGAACCCCUCCCCUCAGAUCGCUCUCCUCCACACUCCCGGUCGUGCUUUCAGUUUAAGGGCCAAACGCUUACAAACUAGUACUGUAUCGCUUAUUUAGUACACUUGAAAUGACGUUCAACGGUAAGUUGACUGGUCAACGCCACACGAGAAACGAAAUUCGAUCAAAUUUAAGCUGAGCACGAUAAACUGGAGAGGGGUGGAUAGUGUGACCGUAUUCCCCAUAUUUCUUUGUUAGAGGAAGUGAAGAUAUCUUCUCUAUUCCCUAGAUUGAGUUCUGUCACUGCCAAUGUUUAAAAUGGACUAAAAUUAUUCUGAACUUUUGGAUGUAGGUUUAAUAUUUGGACAUUCAGUGGUGGGGGUUAAUGGAUAUCUCUCGAUUCAGUUAGUUAUGUUCAUGUAUAUUGACCUGCUAUUCGAGCCUGUAAUGUCAUAACGUGAUGUUUAACUAACCGGAAAGCGUACAUUUCUUCUUAAAUGGCAACUUCUGUUACUGCAUUGUCCAUUUGGACUUUGCGCACUGGUUCAUGUUGUAUGGUACUUCUGAAGUAAGGGUCCAAAUGCAUUUGACUGUUUUUAUACAUGUGGAUCCCUUUGUCUGCCUUGUGUAUAAUUCUUAUCACAUUCAUGGAAGACUCGAUACCUUUUGCAUCUCGCUGUCUAGUACUAUAAUAUAGUUUUAUGGCACCUGUUUUGGUAAUACUUUUAAGUUGCUGAACCUGGUGGUUUUUAUUGAAACAUUAAAACAUUUUGUUAUAUUUUUACCACAAUGAAAAA